CGUGACUCGCCUGCAAGAUGGCGGCGCCCAGCAGCAGAGCGCCGGACUCGGACUCGGACAGCGGCAGUGAGGAUCUGCAGCGCUUCCGCGAGGCGGCCUGGGAGCCACCGGGUGAGGGAGCUGAUAGGGCUUUAGGCGCGCGGUGGUUCACAUGUUCCGUUUGGUGUAAGGGACCCGGGGGCUCUGAUACUCAGUGCAGAGUUACCCUCACUGCAUGGCAUCGCCAAACCAGCUGCACCCAUCGGCACAUGGGACUGUGUGGGGGCAGUGCAUGCUGGAGGGCUGCAUAGCAAACACGUGUUACAUGGUGUAACUCUGGGCGGUGGUACCCAGAGAAAUUCAGGGGACUGGAGGAAUAACAAGAAUGGCAUGGGUACAUUACAAAAGAUAACCGCCAUAAAGAUUAGUGUGGAAUAAUAUUAGUGUACUGUGAAUUAACCAUACCCUCAAAAAAAAUUUUUUUUUAAAUCCGUAAAUAAGUAUCUUGAGUCAGCAGAGACUGGCAGUUGAGUGACAGGGGAGUGAUGGAGAAUCUUAAUUGGAUCUUCUGCUCUAAGUCAUAGCUAUUCUCCAAUCAUAAUCCCAUGAAUUCUGAGGAAUAUAAGGACAAAGUAACUGAUGGACUGCCAGUGUCAUGGUUGCUUGGGGGCAUUUUUAAUAAUAUUGUUGCAAUGAAGGAGGACAAGGAUGUGUUACAUUACCCUGAUGCCCCCCCAAAAUCGCCAAAAUGACUGCCUCUGGAAAGAGAAUAAAAAGUCAUCUAAUAUCCCACAAAGCUAUUAAAUAAAUUAUCACUAUCUCAAACUAUAUAUUCAAUGAUUAGGUAGAACUUAUUUAUUAAAGGGACACUAUGACAUUAGGUAUACAGUUUUGUAUUCCUAACGCUAUAGUGUCCCUUACCCCCACCCCACAAACACACACUUUCUCUGAAACAGUGAUGUUUUCCAUUUCAGGAUUAAAAUGAUACUAUAGUGUUAGGAAUACAGAGUUGUAUUCCUUACACUAUAGCUCCCUCUACACACCCCUCUCUGACCAAUAAAGGGUUUAAAACCCUUUCUGUACUUAUUCGAUUCCAGCACUGAUCUCCCUCAGUACCGGGUCAGCACUCCACCUCCUUUAACGACAUCCAACAGGGUGGAAAAGCUAAUGUGCGUGUACGGCAAACACAUUAUGCCCUCCCCAUGCUGGAUGUCCUCAUGCUAUAGUCUGGAUUCUCACAUGUAAUUCAUGUAAUUUCAUUUUUUUCAUGACUUUGUUGUGAUGAAUCUGAUUGGUACAUAGCUCUCAAAUCAUCUUAUGUAUGCUUUGGUUCACUGUACAUAUACGUCCUUAGUAUUAUAGCAUUUCUAUGCAAACACUCCAUUUACUAUUUGUUGUUUAUUAUGUCACAGGUAUUAAACCAGUUCAGCGCCAGGAGAAGGCCGUUCCAUCUGCUGCUCCAAGUCUUCGGUAAGAAGCAUUGGUUACAUUUUAUAGUGAAUAGAGUGCUUGUUACCCUUUGUACAAACAUCUCUUUUUCCAUAGUGUGCAGGCUGACUGCCAUGAGCAUGAUGGGAAUGAGCUGCAGACUACACCUGAAUUUCGAUCACACAUUGCUAAAAAGCUAACCGCUAUCCUGGACAGGUAAGACUCAUGGUAUUCGUUAUCAAGCUGCUCUCCUAAUAUGUCGGGACAGAUUUUUAUUAAUAUUAUAUGUUACUUUUUAGUUGCAUCAAAGUAAUCCCAGCAAUCAGUACCCUUCAGACUGAGCCUAUAACGGAUACAGAAGACAGUGGUGAGUGGCGACAUUACUUGUUUCAGAAAUUAUGUUGCUAUUUUAUAGGAAGACAUUGCGCCCUAGUACCGGUCUUGCUUUAUCCACCGUAAGUGGAAAAUAUAUAUAUAUAAUAUGAAUAAUCAUAUUGCCAAGGGUGUGAAUUACCGUGCAUUGUAUGUGCUUACCAGUACAGAGUUUAUGUAAACCGUUCUGGCAAUGUUUAUUUCUGUACUUGACUGGAUUCGGUAUCUUUGAAAAGCUUAGCAAAGAAUAUUAAAUUGAGGCCUUGAUCCAUACAAGCCUCAUGGUGAAAGGCCCACCAGAUAACUACUGCCCAAGUGGAAUGAUCAGUGAAAAAGGCAGAAAUUUGAAAAAACUAAACACAUGCUAAAGAGCCUGUUUGCUUAAACAUAAUACUCAAGGGCAUGAACAAUAUCUAAAUUUUGCAACAAUCUCUCUGUAAGUUGCAGUUAAAGCCACCUUGGGCAGAAAGUAGUAAAGAGUCUUCAUGACUGCGCAGUCAUUAUCAAAAACUAGUAGAGGGGGCUAACAAAAUAGAACAAAAAGUUACCUUCAUGGCAGAGGAAAUUAGAAGCCUCAGCUGUGUGCCUCCAUUAGAGCUUUAGGGAUACGAAAACAUUGAGGUGCCGCCAUCAACACCGCUGGAUUAAAGAUUUGAUCCAACAUUUCAAAUCCUCUGCAGAGGGUGGUUACUUUUUCAUUUUUCGAAUAUGUAGCACCUCCAAAGAGAGAGAGUUCUUGUGCUCGCCCUUGAUGCAGUAAGUUACAUCCUCUCUAGUAGGUCUUGAAGGGCGUGCAGAAACUCAGAACUGGAGUCCUUCUAGUCAAGCUAGGCAGAGAGCAAGCAGCCUUCUCCUUUGACAAAGUAGGCACAUCACUAGCGUGCUCAGCAAAACUGAGAUGUGAGCAUUUUACUGCAGGUGCUUAAUGUUAACCAAGUUAGCAAUUACAGCCUUAACGUCGUCCUGGACGUCGGAUAUUUCUCCAGUGACCAAGAGCGCGAACAAGAGCAGCAGUGAAACUCACAAGUUUUACCGUCCCAAACAACUGUGCAAUGGCCACGUGUGUCUGAGAGGUCAUGGCUCUUUCUUUGCCACCUUAGAUCAGCUGAAUUGACUGGCAAGUAUUAACACAAACCUUAAUGCAGGAACUGUGUGGCUUUUGAAUAGACCAUACCCCAAUAACAUAGCUUCAAUUAUAUGCUGAGGAAAGUGGGGGAAUACCGUGGCAAACCUCCAGUGUCCGUCCUUUGCACCCUAGGUUGCUUUAGGAAGGAGUGGCCAGGGGACACCCUGACACAGAUUGUGACACUUACCUGCAGUGCCCUGAGUGCCUUCAACAGAGACGAUGCACCUUGUCUGGUGCUAAGGUCUGGCCAUCUGUAAUUAGUGAAGUCAAGAGACCUUCAAGAGAAGGCAUCAUCUGACAUAUUGGGGAAGUAGAGUAGAGGCUGACUGCCUACCACAGCAGUCAGCCCCUGAGUCAUAUUUUUAGCAUGUACUGCACACUUUUGUUAUAAGUUUUAUAAUUUGGUCACUGUGCUAAAUGUAACUACUCUACUGAAGUUGAAUAGGCAUACUCUAUAUUCUUUAAGCCGAGUAUAUAACUUGUUCCACACUUUAAAGAAAAGAUUGACGACAUUUCCUUCCUUUAAAGUAUUGAAUUCCUAUUACAGACCUGUUGUUUGACUUCUGUUUUCUUUGGAACACGUCUGCAAGGUUCUGUCAUGUUCAGUUCAUAAUUUCUAUGGGAUCAUAAACCGCCCCUUUAUCAUCAGUGUUUAUUCUACCUUACAUUGAAAUAUAACCGAGAAACAUCAAAUAAACACACACACACACCCUGUAUUUAAGCCUCUUAUUUUUUUUCUCCAUUUAUUAUCAGGUUUUAGAUUGUUCUGCACAUCCAUCCCUGGGGACACUGGGACUCCAAAACCCACUACUACUAUCAAACGCAAACUGGCUUCCUCUAGCAGGUAAGUCCUCAUUCAUGCUUACAAACUCACAUGAGGUUGUGUUGUGUUCUCUUAUCAGUACCAGGUACUAGCAAAAAGUCAUUCAUACCAAGAACUGAUCAAAAACUUUGUAUGUGUGUAUAGAGUGGUGCAGUAGUAGCUGCUCUGAGUCACAUGUAGCCGAGCACCCUACAUAUCUGGAAUUAUAUUUCUUCAAAUAAGUACUAGUUACUCCAAAGACACAGUCACACACUCUUUGCUGUCAGCUUAUGGAAUGCUGUAAAAGUAUGACUUCCUAUUCUGGAGUACCAUUUUUCCAGUAUGUUGCAGCACACUAGCAAGUAUUGACACCUGAUUUUAUUAUUUUACACAUUACCCUCAGAGAUGGCAGCCUUAAAGGGAAACUCCAGGCACCCAGACCACUUCUGCCCUUUGGAGUGAUCUGGGUGCCAACUCCCACUACCCUUAACCCUGCAACUGUAAUUAUUGCAGUUUUCAUAAACUGCAAUAAUUACCUUGCAGGGUUAACUCCUCCUCUAGUGGCUGCCACUAGAGGGCACUUCCUGGUCUAUAGCACAGGUUGUCUGUGUUAAAGCGUCGCUGGACGUCCCCCCCCUGUUGACGUGAUGAAGGGGAGGAGCGGCAGACCAAGAAGCAGCGACGAGGGACAUCGGCGGAGGUCUCAGGUAAGUGGGAGGGAGAGGGAACCUGCAGUGCCAGGAAAACAGAUUGUUUUCCUGGCACUAGAGAGAGUCCCUUUAACCACCUGUCACUAAAGAAUGGUACAAGGUGAUUGAUGAGGUAUAUAUUAGAACAUUUAAAGGGUGCAAAAUGCAAUAGAGAAUUUAAGAAGAUGCUGAGAAAUUACCAAAUACAGUGCUAUGUCUGUACAGUAACAAAUAAGUUAACUGAGUACCUUAUCUGUAGUGCAUAAUUAAUACUGUGCAACUAAAUAGCAAAACAACAUGAAAAAUAAUUAUAUUUGAUUGUACAUACAAUAUAAUGGUGAAUGCAGUGUGAAAAAGAAAAGUUAAAAAAAAAAAGUAAUUGCACAAUUCUGAAAUAUAAAUUUGCCUUAUUAAAACUGGUGCAGCUUUGUUCUAGUGUGGUAUAAUUUUGGUAAAAGACAAGUAAACAUUCUAACCCUCUUGAUCUGUAAUAGUCUUCUCAAAACUGAGAAUACAAAAUGUUUGUAGAAAUAUGUGCUCUACUCCUCAAUCUACCUAGAUUUUUGGCUAUACCAGCUCAGUUUAUAAGGCCAUAACAGUAUUAUCACCCUGUAUCACAACUGAUAUUCUAACAUUUGUAAAGGACAGUCAAUUUGUAUUUGAUAACUUCCAUCAUGGUGUACAGAGUGGGAGGAUGAAAGUCAUUAAAAAAUAAUCACAAAAACAAAAUUGCUGUCUGUUAACAUUAGAAUAUUAGUCACCCCAGUUCUGGUCCAAAGGUGAAAAAACUGUUAUUUUGUUUUAAAUGGGCAAUCCUGGAACCACACAUGAUUUGAUUGACACUAGUUAUAUUGGUUGUGGUAUUCAGUUUUCUGGUGGUUUUUAGUUUGGGUGGGAGGGGGGUGUUUGCAAGUGUGCCUCUUUUCUUACUUUCUCCCAACCUGUGUUAUUUAUGUUUUUACUGCAAUAUUACAACUGGACAUGACAUUGUAUAUAUGUUUGUUUUCUCUCUACUGAUGUGGCUGCACAUAUUUUUUUUUUUUUAAAGGGUUGCUAUGAAUACACCAGGAUUGGCUUGGAGUUUCAAUUACUUUCUGGUGUAAUCCAUUAAGGGUAUGGGCUUUACUUACAUUAGGUCUGCAUCAGGACAUCCUUUUGUUUUGGUGUGAGCAUGGUUAAAUCCAUGCACACUCAAGGUAGACCAAGGUAUCACUUGAGACAGCUGGGGACAUAUUUACUGGCCCCAGCCCUUUAAAUGCCAUUUAAGGCUCUCAGACACUGUGCCUAUGACUUUUCAAAGUGGUCAUGGAGGAAUGAAUCUGGCUGUAAUUGAAUCACUGCGCAUCACGAGUUAUUUGCACUUGUAUGCAGUGGACUAGAUACACUACGGGAACUCUUUCCAGACUGCCAAAUCUGUGCGUAUUUUACAUCUGUCAUCUGCUCGCACUGCAAGCUGGUAACCGACAUAACAUGAGUCUCCCCUUGCAGGUUCUGCCUAGUUUCCCUCCCACCUCCCUAUCCCCUCCUUUUUUUUCAGGUUUUAUGGUUUGUUUUUUUAAAGGCUCCCUCCCCAUGCCAGCUCAGAGCACGUGCAUGCGAUCGGAGCCAUUUAAAAGGACCAAUCAAAGGCUUCUCUAUGAGAACCCUUUGGUGGACCUACCAACGUGAGGAGGGAGAGUGGAAAGGAGAACUUGGAGCUUUGCCCAGUGCUGGAUCCCAGGUAAGUAAAAACUUUUUAUACUACUGUUUGGAAGGGAGAGGAAAUCUAAGAAAUAAUGCCCAAUAGGGCAUUUAUUAAUUUAAAAAUAAAUAAUAUGAGGAUUGGAGAAACCCUUUAAUGCCGUGUUAGUUAUUCAUAUUGGAUAUUAAAACAAAGCCCUUUUCUGCAUUUAAAAAGAAACCAUUAACAGUGGAACAGACACUUGGCACAAAUUCUAGGUUUUCUUUUGGUUCAGAAGUUGGCCAAUUGCCUCCAUCUUUUAAGGGGUUAAUGAAGACUUCCUGUAGAAACAGAUCUUGGUGACUUUCAGCAGAUGUAACCUUUAAAGCACAGUAUAGUCUUUCUGAAUUAUUUGUGUAGUGCAUUACGCAGCUGGGUUAUCUCCAUUGUGAAGUGUCCCUUGAAACGGUUUCCUCCACAUCUAAACACAUUUAUUUACUUAUUUGUUUAUUUAAAAAGUGUAUUACCAGUAAGAAGAAUACAUUGGAUUUCUUUGGUCUUGUGUCUUGGAGAGUAUAAACACUACAAUGAGGUGGUUACAAGGAUACAUUUAAAACAAAUAUAUACAAAACAAAUAAUUAAACAUUUGCAAUGAUUUCAGCUUCAUUGUGGAUAGUGAGACUUUAAAUUGGUGGGGAAUUUGUGAUUUCCUGGAAAGUUACUCCACAGUAAUGGAGCUCUGUAACAGAAGGCAAAUUGACCCAUUUCCUUCUUCUAAAGUGGGCUAAUAAGUAAAAUGCAGAAACUAGACAAGCGUAUAUGGCGGUGAGCAUAGACAGGUAAUGAGUGAGGAAACUUGCAAGAGAACGGUUUAAAAAGGCAGUGGGCAAUGUUCUCAUUAUUAUUCUCCCCUGAUGCUAAUCCCUUCCUUGCCUGUUUCUUGGUGUUUUGGUUUUUUUAAUUUAUUUUUUACUAUACAGCAUAAAGAAAAACAUAUAAUGAGGUUUUUCAAUAAAAAGUGGACUGCCUUCUUAAGGUUUUGAUUCAGUUUUUCAAACUUAGGUGUGCAUGUAAAUGAAAUAUUGUUGCUUGGGAAGGUGAAAGAUUGUUAGAAUCUAGUCUGCUCCAAGUAUUCAAUCAUCACUUUUGUGGGUUUUUCUUGAACACAUUUAUGAUUAAAAUGGAGCAUUUUAGAGUUGUUCGCAUUUAACAGAUUACUGUUUACGUUUUCUGUAAGAAUGGAAUAAUAACAAAUUUAUUGUAUAUUUAACUGAAAGCGGUGAAUUGAGAGCGAUUUUUACAAUAUUGACCAGACAUAUAGUAACUAAGGAUGGUCAGUCCCUAAAUACAUAUUUUUAAUCUGUCUGACUACUGGAUUCUUCUUGGACAUGAUGAAAUUAUCCAGUUCCCCAAAUUCAGUAGAAAGUGAUUUUUGAAGGAGAUUGUUACGUCCAUUAAGUUUACAAUGAAUUGACUUUGUGUAAUUUUAUAUCCCGCAAAACAAAAGGUAUUUUGUUUGCUUUCGAUAUUAAAAUCACCAGGAAGGUUGGGCAAUAAGCACUAUGUGCUAAAGGUAGGCUUUGUAAAGAGAUGUUGAAUUUUUACCAGAAAUUAACUUAAAGGACCACUCUAGGCAUCCAGACCACUUAAGCUUAAUGAAGUGGUCUGGGUGCCAGGUCCAGCUAGGGUUAACCCAUUUUAUUUAUAAACAUAGCAGUUUCAGAGGAACUGCUAUGUUUGUAAAUGGGUUACUCCUUCCUCCAAUUCCUCUAGUGGCUGUCUAAUUGACAGCCGCUAGAGGCGCUUGCGUGAUUCUCACUGUGAAAAUCAAAGUGAGAGCACGCAAGCGUCCAUAGGAAAGCAUUGUAAAUGCUUUCCUAUGAGACCGGCUGAAUGCGCACGUAGCUCCUGCUGCGCGUGCGCAUUCAGCCGAAUGGGAGGAGAAGAGGAGGAUCGGAGGAGAGCUCCCCGCCCGGCGCUGGAAAAAGGUAAGUUUUAACCCCUUUCCUCUCCCCAGAGCCGGGCGGGAGGGGGACCCCGAGGGUGGGGGCACCCUCAGGGCACUAUAGUGCCAGGAAAACAAGUGUUUUCCUGGCACUAUAGUGGUCCUUUAAGAUGGAAGCGGAACAAGAAUGAUUUUUCACAGUAACCUUUAGGUACUUUUCUUUGUACAUGAUAAUGCCCCCACAUAUUUUUUGCUCACUUUAUUUCUGAAGCACACCUGCAUUCCAGAGCAGUUUCUGAAGAUGUGUAGCUUCCUAAUUUUUAUCAAGGCUUUACCUAUGCUAUACAUGACAAUUGCAAUGUACGGUAGAUAGCCCUUUGCUCCAGUCAUUGGUUUUCUUCAACAAAUAUUGUGUAAUCUUGAUUAUUUUUUUUUAGAUUUUUUUUUUCUCAAUCACUGCGUUUUGUGUAAAUCUUUUAGUUUGAAUACAACUCAGUAAUAUAACUUUUUUUUUCCACAGUGAGGAUAGUGAAGAGGAGGAGCAAAGAUGCCGGGAGGCCGCUGUAUCAGGCAUUGACAUCCUCCAGAACAGCGCAUUGCAGAGUAUACAUAUAGCAAACUCCAAUGAAACCUGUGACGGUCCAAAAAAGAAGAAGAAACGAAAGAAAAAGAAGAAAAAAGACAUAGUAGAAGAUGUCCUUCAGACAAAGAGAGAGAGCAGUGGACUGAAUGCAAAAAAGAAGAAAGACAUAGAGGAUGAAAAGGGAGACAUUCUUCAGACUAACACAGAGUUAAAUGGAUUCAAAGUGGAAAACAAAAAAAAGAAGAAAGAGGAUAAAGUGGGAGAUGUUCUUCAGACAGAGUGUGUUGGACUGAUUGUGAAAAAGACAAAAAAGAGAGACAUAGUAGAGGAUGGUGAUUUACUUCAGACAGAGAGCAAUGCAAAAUAUGUGAAAAAGAAAAAUAAGAAAAAAGACAUUGUAGAGAAUGAGCAGAGUUUAGCAGGUGAUACUUCUCGGGCACAGAAAAAGAGUAACGGGCUAUGUGGGAAAAUGAAAUAAGAGCACACCAAUGGAAUAUUGUAAUGACCUGGGGAACAAAUCAUAGAAAAUAUCAGAUUUCAUCACUGAUGAUGUACUUUCCAUUUCAGGAGUCAGGUAGAAUCACGUUCUAACAUAUGUAUGUCAGUGAAAGGCAGGGAUGUUCUGAGAUGACGCUACAGUGGCUGUCUGUAACCUGUGUAUAUUCUCCACUGGAGUCUAUGUUCUGCUGAUACAAAUAUUUCCAAAAGUCACUCCUGGCGAUUUCUACCAUUUCUGUCUUUCACUGGCAUAUCCACACAGGAAGGAAAGCUUAUUCAUCCACCCACAGUCGACAUUUUGCCACUUGCAGCUGUAACACAGGUUUGUUUCAGAGAACGUCAUUAGUGUCAUUGUGAUGAUGAUGCCAUUUGUGUGGAAAUAAAACUGUCGAUGGAGCUGUGUGAGGGAGACAGGAGGUGACUGUGACUCUCUGGGGUACUGGAAUUCUGGUAGUGUGCCAUGCUUGCCGAGGACACUGUGUGGAAACAAAGAUCACAUUGACAAUAAGCAUUUUCAACAUCUUGUCUUUAUUCACCUCAUAAUUUUUGGCUGACCAGGCAAUUGCUCUGAAAAGUCAAAUGUAAUACUCUGGCGCAUUGAUGUCAACUAGUAACAUGAUCUGCCGCUAGUCGUGAUCACUACGAGCUCCUACCAAGCUCUGCUGAAGUUAGCAACUCUUCUUCACAACUGCAAAUGAUCCUCAGCUGGAAUGUGCUGCACUGUGCUAAGCCUGGCAGUGCUGGUACACUGGCUAAUAGCUGUCCGCCAGUGAACCAGCCCUGCACAGCAGAGCUUCAUUCAGUGGAGCUAAUGGAAGCUCCUUGCAGGUAGUGGUGGUAAGUUCCAGGCAGACGGCAAGCAAGUUAUCAAACUAUUUGACUACUUAGAACAAACAGAACAAAGGAUAUGGGUAGCGCCGAAAUAAAUACAAUAUUGUGGUAAGUAAUCAAAAAAAGUAACAAGAUAAAAAUGUCCUUUUGCGGUUUUAAAAGUCUUCAAAUGUUGAAUAAGUGAUUUUAUUAUUGUUUAAAUAAAAGUAAGAUUUUUAGACUACCUAUUUGCUUUGGGACAGUCUUUUAUACUUUUAUUUAGUUUUUAUUUUAUUUAAUUUGUACUUGGCGCAACCUGUUUCCCAUACGUAUCCGGUCCAUCAUCAAAAGUAUCCUAUGUGGGGAUUAUUCCACCCACGCUGUUACCAUAGAGCGGUUUGUCUGCUCUCAAAAUUGUAAGUACAUUUCAUUUUACUACUACUUAUUUGCAAAUAUGUAGAGCACCAUGGGUCUUCUUUUUCUUUAAUUGCAUAUAAACUACACUACAACUACUGUUUGAGGGAUAUCCUAUAAGUGGGGAGUUGAAAUACCACUGUAAGCUGUACCGAGAGCUGGUUAUAACUCUGAAAAACAUGAGUUGGCAAUUUUUAGUUCUGCAUUGUCUAUAGUCCAUAAACUUGCAAUACUGCAGUAUUGGUCUCCUAUUUUAUCUUUUGCAUAUGCCAUUGAUGUGAUACCACACCGGAGACAUCUUAUUCAACAUUUGAAGACUUUUAAAACCUCAAAGGGACAUUUUCUAUCUUUUACUUGGUACCUUUUUUUGAUUACUUACCACAGUAUUGUAUUUAUUUUGGCGCUACCUGUAUCCUUUGUUCUGCUUGUGACCUUCCUAUUCAGAUGUGCAGCCCCCUUGUGAUCAGUUAUUGUAGCGCUGUUCCACCCUUGCUUUUUGUAUAUGACUAUUUACCCUUGAAGGAAGCCAGGGAACUUAUUGCCUUGCAUCAUAACCAAUACAGUAGGCUGUAGUAGUUGUAGUGUAAAACUGUGGUGGAUAAAUGGAGGUUUUCUUGAUGCUAGUGUUCCUACUCACCUAUAGUAGAGCUAUAACCAGCUCAGGAAAAAAAUCUCUUUCAGUGGCGUUGAUCCCCCACUGGUAGGAUAUAGGUGAAGGUUAGUAGUACAGGUCCUCACAAUAGGGAGAGAGAAAAACAGAAACAAAUAGUGCUCUCUGUAUGCGUCAAUAAAGAUAAAUUUAUUAA